CACUUCAAUGGUACUGAUGCAGGAAAAUGUUUCUUUUAUUUUUAUCUUCGUUAGUAAUAUUGUCGAGUAUUUGUUUUUGGACUCAUCAAAAGCCUCACAAAUUUCCACCAGGUCCCAAAUGGCUACCGAUUGUUGGAUGUAUGUUUAAAUUUCAAGAAUUGAAAAAUAAAUUUGGUUAUAUGUAUAUUGCUAUCAAUGAAUUAUCUUAAAAAUAUAGAUCUAUUUUAGAAUUAAAACUUGGUUGUCAAAAGUUUGUGAUUAUCUCAGGUAAUGAUUUAUUGAGAAAAACUCUUAUGAAACCUGAAUUCCAAGGAAGACCCGAUGGCUUUUUCUUCCAAGUUAGAGCAUUCGGCAAAAGAAGAGGCAUCCUGUUUGCGGAUGGUCCAUUAUGGUAUCAAAGUAAACGUAACACAAUAAAAUAUAUAUCUCAUAUUGGAUUCAGGCAUCGCUUAGUUGAUAAAUAUCUAACAGAAGAAGCAGAAACACUAGUGUGUUAUUUGAAAAAAAAAAUUACAAACAACAAAGAGAAGAUCGCAAUGAAUAAAAUUUUUGACGUUGCUGUUCUAAACUCUCUAUGGGUUUUAUUAGCAGGAUACAGAUUUGAUUACGAUGAUGUUAGACUUCAUAAUAUCCUCACAACUAUACAUGAAGCAUUCGAAUCAAAUGACACGUUAGGAGGACUUAUUUAUCAUUUUCCAUUUCUUCAGUUUAUUAUACCAGAAAUAUCAGGGUAUACAAGCCUCAUGGAAACCCUUCAUAAACUUUGGAAGUUUAUUGAUGAUGAAAUAGAGAUCCAUUUGAACAAAAUUCAGCUACAUCAACCAGCGAGCAAUUUUAUCGAUGCAUAUCUUCUUGAAAGAUAUGAUGAAACAUCAAGACAAUUUUCUUAUGAUCGGAAAGAAUUGAUUGUAAUAUGUCUGGAUCUAUUUUUGGCUGGUUCUAAAACAACAAUUGAUUCAUUAUCAGGCAUAUUCGCUCUCCUCGUUCACCAUCCAGAUUGGAUUAAAUUGUUAAAAGAUGAUCUCGAUAUGGUUGUUGGUAACAAUAUGCCAAAAAUUGAUCACAUACCGAUGUUACCUCGAAUUGAAGCUUUUUUAUCUGAAGCACUCAGAGUAUUAGUUCUUGCUCCUUUAGCUCUUCCUCACAGAACAACAGAGAAUGUUUGGUUGGAAGGUUUUCAUAUUCCAAAGGACACUGUUGUUCUCUUCAAUUUUCACAGUGCAAAUUUUGAUGAAUCAUGUUGGGAAAAUGCGGAGGAAUUUUAUCCGCAACGGUUUCUUAAUGAAAGUGGACAAUUUUGCCGUAAAAUUGAAUUUUUUCCAUUUGGAUUAGGUAACUCAAUUUAAUUAUUUAUGAGGCUAGCUGAAAAGAAAACCGACUUUAAUUUCAAGCCUCUUAUGAACAAAUGUUAGCUUAUCAUGUUGUCAAAAGCCCUUUCCAAAGAUCAGCUCAAUAUAAAAUUUUUUAAGGAAUCGUCCAAGAUUUUUAAGAUUAAAAAUUUUGUUAAUUUUUAAAAAAUUUGAAUGGGUCCUGAAAAAAUUUUUUUUCCAGUCUAAUCUUUAGAGAAAACUUUUGAAAUAUAAUAAAUUAAGUAAAAAUCUAAAUAAAGAAUAAAAAAAUCUGACGAAUAGCUUUUGAAUGAUUGAGUAUUUAGAAUCAGACUCUUAACAUUUAAUCUAUAGUGUGUCAAUAUUAGCCAAACACAUUCAUUUUGAAUGAUUUCACCGAACCUAUUAAAGAUAAGAAAACAAAAAACUACACGGAAAAAAAUCAGGUACUGCAAUAAGACGCAAGCGUGUGAGAGCAACAGGACUUAUCCUAUGGGAGCAGCCAGAUAAAAUCCUGUGACAGCAGCAAUAUUUUUCCUCUAUUGAUUAUGUUCGUAACUGCUCAUAAAAUAACAUAGACCAAAAUGUCGUGUUAUUGGUGUUGGCAGAUAAACUAUUUAUUUCCAGUUUAUAUGGAAUUACUUAAAAAUUCUGAUAUUUUCAGAGUGGCUAUUACAUGUAGAAUACAUAAUUUUUUCCGAUUGAGGAAUUGUCAUUAAAAAUCAUUAAAAAAAUUUUCUGUUUCGCAUUCGGAAAUCCACAUAGUUUUUUAUGUCCAUAUAGACUUACGAAAAGAACAGAUACAAACCUAAGUGUAAGGUGCAGAUAAGAUCCAUACAAAUACAAAUAACAUUAUAAUCCGAUUAAUUCCAAUAAAGAAACUCCGCUAUGAUAGACUUACAUAUAGAUUCCAAUAGAUUCCAAAUCUCAAUCUAUCUGGAAAUUUUUUACUCCAGAUAGAUUACAUAUAAGCUAUUACAGAUUCUAUUGUUCUGUAUGGGACUGUAUUGGAUGUUUUCAACAGGGAUGGCAUAGUUUUUACCUUUGUUUUCCUUUUUAUUUGCAGUGCUGCCUUUCUCUACCGCUAGCUCACUUUUAUUCAUAGUUAUAUUGUUAAUAACAAUUUUUUGUAUUAAGAUAUUAACGAAACUCUUUGUUAGAAUAUUUUUUUUUAAUUUUAUCAUAGUCUACAAGAAGCGACUUAUAUAAAUAAAACACGGAAAAAAAUAAAUGGUACAACAGGACAAAACCCUGCUACAACAACAGGAUUUUUUCUAUGGAAACGACAUGAUAAAAUGGAAAAUUUUAAAUGACGUUUAAGAAUUCAA